AUAGAUGAAGUUUAGACUGUCGCUGGUGGAGCACACCGACGUGUCAGGCGGAGCGAACCGGCGUGCCACUGCACUGUUGCGGGCUGAGCAUCACAUCAGACCGGGGUGAGUCAUCGUGAUCCACACCGUGAAUCUAAUCAUCAAUCAGCCGCGUUCACCGCCCACUACGACACUACGACACAGUCCCGUUAAUCCCACACCAAAUAACACCAACGCGUUAACACGAAGUUUAACAGCAAACGUGUCACGUUUUAAUGUUAACAGUUUUCUUUUUUCAUUCACAUUUUUUGCGAGGAGGAGGCAGCUCCCGUCGUGACGUCGAAUGGAACACCGCCACCACGUGACGCUGACGUCGUUUAUAUUUUGGUAAAGACACCAGGAAGUGCGGAAGAAGGCGAACGGGGCGACAGACCAAAACCUGGAAAAAGGACUGAAGUUUCACUGCUAAGUUUAGCUUUUUGUUUUUUUUUUGCGGACUGACCGUAAAUUAUUUCAUCGUGUUAAUCGUUGGACUCGCUAAAAGUCGCCUCAAGAUGCCGUCAAUGGACAAACAACUCUUCAAUUUAAAGUUCGCUGCCAAAGAACUCCAAAGAAACUCCAAGAGAUGUGACAAAGAGGAAAAAGUGGAGAAGGCUAAAAUCAAGAAAGCCAUCCAGAAGGGGAACAUGGAAGUGGCAAGGAUCCACGCGGAGAACGCCAUCCGACAGAAGAACCAGUCUGUGAACUUCUUGAGGAUGAGCGCUCGGAUAGACGCGGUGGCAGCGAGGGUCCAAACUGCAGUUACAAUGAACCAGGUCACAAAAUCUAUGGCUGGAGUGGUGAAAGGCAUGGAUGCCACCCUGAAGUCUAUGAAUCUGGAAAAGAUUUCGGGUCUCAUGGAGAGAUUCGAGCGCCAAUUUGAAACUCUGGAUGUUCAGACGGCCCACAUGGAGGAUAGCAUGAGCAGCACAACAACGCUCACGACGCCACAGAAUCAAGUGGACUCUUUGAUGCACGAACUGGCGGAUGAAGCAGGAUUGGACCUGAACAUGGAGCUCCCUCAGGGACAGACGGGAUCAGUGGGUACCAGCGUGGCCUCUGCAGAGCAGGAUGAACUGUCUCAACGGCUCGCCAAACUCCGAGAUCAAAUGUGAAGGACGACUACAGUGGACCGGCACCGUCAUGCAGAGCUCCAGAACGCUGCCUGAAUACUACUCCCAAACAUAUUUUUAUUUUUC